UAGGCGGGCACGCAAGGCGCGGGGUAGCCCCCCCCCGCCACCGGCCACCGAACCCAAAUGGGUUUCUCCCUUAGUUGUGUCCUUUUUGUUCUCUUGCCAACGUGUCCACUGGGUCAAACAGACUUGACGGGUAAAAGCUGAAGCGCCCAGCCCUCAUUCGUUCUGUGUAUGGCAUGGCGGGAAUCCUGAUGCCAUUGGUUCUUCAUGCUUGGGACUAUUUGCCAGGGGGGCUGUUUCGUCUGCAAAAUCUUCGACGCCUUCUCGCACGUGACCGUCGGCCUCCUCUUCGUCGUGGCGUCCCUCUUCGAGGAAGCGUGGAUCGUCAAGCCGCACCACAGCCGCGUCGUGAAUUCUGAGCGGUAUUUAGUUGGCAAGGGGUUCCGAGGAACCCAGCGGCCUUGCUUUGACCGAGUUCAGAGGGCGGUGGAGACUGCGCACUCGCUGUGGCCCGUGCCAGGUACCGCGGGCGCAUGGAGUGGAUUGGCGCCGCUGCACGUCAUUGCGCCCGAGGAGAUGAGAGCGGAUGCCGGAUUCCUGGCAUCGGUACAGGCCAUGACUGUGACCCUCUGCCGUCGCCAGGCUUCUGCACUGGAGGAAGUGAUGGAUCGAGCCCUUCAGCUCCAGAGCAGUGGUGAAUCGAAGAUGAAGAGGCAGAGAGUGCGCAAGAAACAAGAGGUCAGCUCCAUCUGCUGCUGGUAGGAGCGAGGGGGGCGACCUGAAGGUGAAGGCCAUCACCUUUCCUCCCUCCUGUGGCUCCUGUGGCUCCUGGAUGUGGGGGUUCGUCCUCUCUUCCUCCUCCCUUCCAUCACCUCCCCUCCUGUCUGGCAUGCCCCGCGCCCGCGCGCAAGACAGAGGUGUGGUGAGAGGACAGCGGCAACGACGCGACGCCUUCCCCC